CCCGGGCGCGGCGCCACGGGGAUGGGCGCUGGGCGCUGGGGCGGCGCCUGCGCUCGGCGCGGGGAGCGCGGGGCUGCGGCGCGGAGCGGAGCGGAGCGGGCGGCACCAGCGCCAUGACCGCGGCGAUGCGGCAGCGGUUCGACCGCUUCCUACACGAGAAAAACUGCAUGACCGCCGUACUCGAGCGGAUCGAGAGCAAGACCGGCGUCAGCCGCACCUACAUCGCCACCGGCAUCCUCGGCGUCGUGGCCGUGUACCUGGUGGUGGGAUACGGUGCGUCCCUGCUCUGCAACAUCAUCGGCUUCGCCUACCCCGCCUACGUCUCAAUCAAGGCCAUUGAAAGUCCCAACAAAGAUGAUGACACACAGUGGCUUACGUACUGGGUUGUGUAUGGCAUUUUCAGCAUAGCUGAAUUCUUCUCUGACAUCUUUCUGUCAUGGUUCCCUUUCUACUACAUGCUAAAGUGUGGCUUCCUGCUAUGGUGCAUGGCUCCAAGCCCUUCCAACGGGGCAGAGUUUCUCUACCACCGGAUUAUCCGUCCCUUCUUCCUGAAGCAUGAGGCCCAGCUGGACAGCGUUGUGCAGGACCUGAAAGACAAGGCUGCAGAGACUGCAGACACCAUCACUAAAGAGGCCAAGAAAGCAACAGUGAACUUGCUGGGUGAAGAAAAGAAGAGCACUUAAACUGGAUAAGUUUCCCUACCACCUCCUUUGUGCAGCUUGAUGUUACUGGGGACUGUGGUAUAAGUUCAGUAAUAUUGCCUUGGAAACAUUUUCAAAUUUAAGGAAUGUGCUGUAAGUUAACUUACUACUUUGCUGUGACUGAUAGAGAGUAUGCAUUUUUAUUUAAAAGCAAUGCAGUGGGCAGCAUCUGAAGCUUAAUGAAAAUAUUUUAUUCAUCUUCAUGCAGAAGAAGUCUUUCAGUAAUCUCUUUCUGCAGUAACAUAAAUAAAAAAAUAUAUAUCCCUCAGGCUCUGCACUUUAGUUGUCUCUUUGUCUAUGAAAUUACUCUUAAUCCUUUGAUUGUGGUGCAUCUGGUAGCACAAAGCUAUUUCAUAGGGAAAAUUCUGAAUGGAUCUUCUUGAGUAUACAGGGAAUUAUUGUGAGGGAUGGCAUAAUGGAUGUAUUCCCCACCACCAAAGCUGUAAAUUGUGAAAUUGCGUGUUCUAGGCACCUGAUUAUAGAGAUUAUUCACUAUUGCAUGUUUUGUUGUAACACAGUGUUUGGUACAGUGUGUGUAUUCUUAAAUAGAUGGAUACUAAAUAUAGGAAAGAAUAACUUCUUUGGAGUGAUGAAAUUUAUUUUGGCCUGAAGUGAUUUGCUAGAAAUGGAUGCAUUAAAUCCCACAAGGUUAACACAACGUGACUGAGGUACAACUUCUUGCCUGUUCUUGUUAAAACAAGUUGUUAUCCGAAAUUGUUCAAAGAGUGCUUUUUAAGAUCACGCUCAAAAGCACAAGCCACCUUUAGCUAAGGAGUGGUACCAUUACAAACACUCUUUCCUGAAUUCCUUUUAAAAUAUCAACUGCCUUGGAUGUCAGUCCUCAGAAUUACAUCAUUAAGGGGACAGACUACAACUCCCACAAGCUUUUUCUGCUCAUAAAGAUCAGCAAUCUCUUCUGACUGUACUAAAACCAACUUUGUAUGAGCACUUAAACUUCCUGAGUGGAGAUGCUGUUGUCACUUGAUAUAUUCCUGACCAAUCAGUAAGAGUGCAACCAAAGUUGCUAAGAGAAUAAAGGGAUUUUUUACAAUCAAUGUAAAAAAAAUAUUUUUUCUUAGAUUUGCAUCUGUACUCUUUCACACUGUGGUAUUUUCAACAAAAACAAUUACAUUAAUUAAUCAGGCAUGAAUUACUGAAAUUCACAUGUUUUUAUCUCCAUGCUGACAUUUCUUUAAAGCCUGGAGUAAUGGUAUGGCAGUUCUGAGCUCACAGAACAUGCAGAAAGAAAGUUUAAGCUUUUGGUAGGAUAAAAAUUCUUUCCAGUACACAAUCUUGAAUUCUAAAGACGUAAAGUUUUGAGGACUUCCAGCUUUCUGCAAGAAAUUGUUGUAUAAACAUUCAUUGUAAAUUUUCAGGUGCAAAAACUGCAAAAGAGUAAAGCACACAGUGCAACUCAGCAGGUCAGUUUUAAGCUGGAGAUAUAUGUUUUAUAAAAGGGGAUGUAGAAGUGUCAUCAGAGAAAGCAUUUUAAGCUUUGAGCUGGAAAACACAGCCCUUGGGGCUGGCAGCUUGGAUAGGGAAAUACAAGACCUACUGUACCUCAUGUUCUGUAGGACAGCAUGCAGUUUGUCAUUUGAAGAAAAAAUGAAAGAUUUCUUAGCUAAUCAUUCCUUGACAACUUUUUGUUAGGAGGGGAUAUGCUGGAGAGUAGAUAAAGUUUACAGCAAAGUUCUAGGUUUUAAGCAUGUAAAAAGUUUGAAGUGUAUCACCAUUUAACUGAUUUAAUUUCUUGUCUUAACUUCUGUCGUAAACCCACUGGACUUUCUGGUAAGCCUUACUAAACAUUAGUCCUGUGUUUUAAACUCUAUCAGCUCUAUGUAAAGUAUUCAUGUGGCCACUGUAAUUUAGUUUUACUUCUUGAGAUUAGAAGUAACUUGAUGAAAAUAAAUGAGAAUUCUUAAUAGACUGUUUGAUUUCAGUGCAAAGCACUACAUAACUUACUUAUCUAGAAGCUUACAGUAAAUUUUAGAUUUUUCAAGCAUAAUGAUGUCUGUAGUAGAGACAGGAUUUACUUUUUAUUUCUUAUACUACUAAACAGUUCUUCCACUGUUAUUAAUGGGGAUAAAAUAUUCUCGGUAGUUAGGUAAGUGUUGAAGCAGUCCCUUGCGUCUCUCUCAGAACUUGAAAGGCUUUAAAUUAAUUUCUUGUCUUUACCAACUUGAUAUUAUCAGCACAUAAAAUCAGUGCUCUUUUGUCAGAUUUCUACUUGAAGUAGAACUACAGUCUGUUGUUAACAGAAGUUGCCCUUGUUUUUAUGCCUUGAUGCAAGUAGAAAUGACUGAAUUUCUGCAGCAAGUUAUCCUUUCCUGGAAGUAACUCCACUGGGCUGGCCCCGCAGAUCAGUGCUUUACUUUGUGUCUUCACAACAUUUAUGUGCAAGUGUUGGUACACACAUCUGCUCCAUGUCUUUGCUGAAGCUGUAUUGUGCUAAAUAAAAACGGACACAAAUAAAGAGAUUCUUAUGGGACUGGUA